UCGUUACGAGUUCGAAAUUUCCGCGGCCAGAAAUAACCGAACGCGCGCGCCACACUAGGUCGGCACAACAGUAGUACAGCACGUCUAGUUGCCGCGGUCCACGGUCCCCCGAUCGGUUUGCCUGUCCAUUUCUGUCCGAUCUUCUACUACUUAAAACCGAAAUAAUAUCUCUCGUACGGGUUUAUUAGGUUUUCCUCUCCUGAGGCCGGUCACCCACUACCUCCGCCACAGCUUCUCUACGUUCUACGGUCGCGUCGUUUUCCGCUCGACCAACAGGUAUUGCCGACUUUCCAACGAUAUUUUUGCUCUUCGCAAAUACCGCCGAUUACCGAUUUUGGUCGAUGCCGAUCAGUCCGUUUUCGCGUUGCUGUUGCGGUUGCUCGCCGACGAUGUGAGUUUUUGGAAAUAUUUUUUUUCAAAUCUCAGCAGUUUCCCGCCACUUUCUCGCCGACAAUAUUGAUAUCAUUUGAAAACGUGUAAGAAUCGUUUCAACGAGUAGUGUUGUGGAGCUCGUCGUCAUCGUCUCCUUCGGUGGAGAUAUACGACCGUCUUAGAUAAGACAAACAGAAUUCCAAGAAGCAGUGAACGGCGCCGUUCUGCGGACCCUAACGCCGCCGCCGACAACAUGGGUCGUAAGAAAAUACAAAUAUCGCGUAUCACCGACGAACGCAAUCGUCAGGUUACCUUUAACAAGAGAAAAUUUGGCGUAAUGAAAAAAGCAUAUGAACUGAGUGUAUUAUGUGAUUGCGAAAUUGCUCUAAUCAUAUUCAGCAGUUCUAAUAAAUUAUAUCAAUAUGCUAGUACAGACAUGGAUAAAGUGUUGCUCAAAUAUACAGAGUACAACGAACCUCAUGAAUCGCUCACCAAUAAAAAUAUUAUUGAACAAUUGAACAAAAAAGAACUUAAAGGUGGUGCAUUGAGCCCCGAGAGUCCAGAUGGAAGUUGUGAUGAUACACAAGGACCAUACCAACUUACACCUAGAACUGAAGCAAAAUACAGUAAAAUCGAUGAAGAGUUCCAGCUAUUAAUGCAACAUCAAAGAAUGGCCAGAAAUAAUGUAAGUGCUAAUUAUUCACUUCCAACUACUAUGCCUGUAAACAACAUGUAUAAUGAUUCUGGAAAUUUACAACUGCAACACAACGCUAGCCCAAGGCCUCCAUCGUCGUCUGAUGCUGAUUCUGUUUAUCCUCCUGGUAGUAUGUUGGAAAUGAGUAAUGGAUACCAAGCAUCUUCAUCGCCUGCACUAGUCAAUUCACCUUCUUCUCCGGGACAACUAGUCAUGUCACCAUCACCUACGCCCAAAGCCUUAAAUGCUUCUAAUAGAGCUACUCCACCACCUAGACAUCAUUCACCUAGACCCAAUUUACGUAUAGUCAUGCCCAAUGCUCCUCCUAGUCAUCAUGAAGAUAACAAUGCAAACUCCAUUAACACACCAUCUGUCUCUCUAAACACACCAGUUGUAGCACUCCAUACACCUGGAUUGGGUGGCUCGUAUCAUGGUAUUUUUACUGAUCUUACAUCUACUGACAUGGGUCUUUCAUCAGCAUUGAAUUGGUCAAAUCAACUAGCACACAACAGUGGAAUGUCUCACUUAGGAGUACCAAACUCAUCACCACCUUCUUCACCAUCACCAAAUUCCGUCCGCAUUAAAAGCGAGCCUAAUUCACCACCACAUUUACAUCACCAUACGUCUUCAGCAACCUCUGGAACAGCACCUAACACUGUUGUUUCACAUUCUAUCAGUCAUUUAUCUUUACCACAUGCUCACACUUCAAUACCGUCCCAUCACUUGUCAGUCACAGAACGUUUUAUACUAGGCGGACAGUUGCCCAGUAACCAGAGCUUAGUAGAUUCAAGACAUGACUUUGAAGGAGGACCGCAACCAAAAAGAUUGCGUGAUACUUGGCCAACAUGACUAAAUUGUUAAGUACAGAUGACAUCACACUGCUACUUCAUCCAAAAUAUUUUUUUUGAACAUAAAGAUUAUUUAUUUUAUACUUAUGGACCGCAUGACUUCUACUCUCUAUUCAGGACAACAUAUGACUUACAUUAA